GUCACUUUGGCAUAUUCUUCGUUAGCCCAUACCGCAUCACACCCAUGGUUGUCAAGUCGUCGCCUAAGCCACGACUAGUCGCCGACUAGUCGUCUGGGCGGUUUUGCCUCUUCGCUUUGCUCUUCGACUAGCGCCUAGGGAAGCCUAGACGACAAAGCGUGCAAAGUGACGCUUAGUCGCGCUUAGGCGACGCCUAGUCGGUGAAAGAAGCUGCCCAAUUUGACCUAACUCAAUCGAACCGGCCCGGUCCGACCCGGCCCGACCCAAAUUUCAUUAAUUUUUAAAAUUUUCUAUAAAACCUGGCCUCCUUCGAUGCAAUCCAUCAUCGACAGUCAAUCGCGACACUCCUCCAUCAGCGACUUCAUCCACUUCCAGCACUUCAGUGAAUUCCAGCGACUCGUCCAGGCGGCUCCAUCAGCGACUCUCCUCCAUGGUUACAAGCAGCCAAACAGGAAUAGGCAGCAUCGUUCGCCUUACCCUUUCCAAUACACUUGCCACUGCCGGCAGGAGAGGGAUUAUACCUCGCUUGGGUUCCACUGACCUCCAUUCCCGAACCUCACUCUCAUUCACAUUUUUCUCUGCUCACAAUUUUGCAUCCAUCAAGCAUUCAUCGUCUAUGGACGCUCCUCUCACUGUUAAAGCUUCUUCUUCUGCUAUUGAUUGUGACGAUGGAAUUAUCGGGGAAAAAGAUUUGCUAAUUGUUGGACCAGGUGUGCUGGGUCGUUUAGUGGCUGAAAAAUGGCGAGAGGAACACCCUGGUUGUCAAAUUUUUGGACAAACCAUGACCCCUGAUCAUCAUGAUGAACUGAUCAAGAUGGGAAUUAAACCAUCUUUGAAAGAAACCAAGCUUUGUAAGAAGUUCCCUUACGUUAUUUUCUGUGCUCCACCAUCACGUACCGCAGACUAUCCUGGUGAUGUCAGGGAGGCUGCUUUGAAGUGGAAUACUGAAGGUUCUUUCGUGUUCACCUCAAGUUCCGCACCAUAUGAUUGCCAUGACAAUGGGCCAUGUGAUGAGGUCUUAUGUGUAUCAUAACAGAUAGCCGUGCUGCUACACUGUUUGUUUAACCUUAAACUUCAUUACAGUUUUUACUUUCUAUGGAUUUCGAGAUGCAGACCAUAAUGAAAUACUAUAAUGCAGGAUAUUCCAGUCACAAAACAUUCUCUACUCUUGUUUAUAUUCUUUUAAAUGCCAUUCUCUUCACAUUUCUUUUUCUUAGUCCACUGGAUGUUUUUUAGGAUACCCCAGUUGUGCCGAUAGGGACAAGCCCUAGGACUGAUGUUCUUCUUAAGGCAGAAAAAGCUGCACUGGAAUAUGGUGGCUGCGUUCUUAGAUUGGCUGGACUUUACAUAUCCUUAAUUGUGAAUUCUUACUGCUUUUACAUCUUUA